AUGAGAAGAAGCCCGUCUAAAUCAAACAACAACUUCGCAGUACCGAAUUGCUCAACUAAUUCAAAUUCAAGUCAGCAACAAUUAACAACUCCUUCAGAUGAGCUCAACAGUAACGAACCUAAUGACCCUGAUGAUAGUAGGUUUCUACCUACUAUCAAGAAAUUCAAUAAUAAACAUUCUAUAAACAAUCACAGCACUUUAGCAUCCGCCGCAAAAAACAACAACAACAAAAGGACUAGCAAUGAUAACAUGCCGUUCCCCGGGCAGAAUGCUCAUAAACAGAAAAUAUACACCAAUGAAAAUUUAACGAGCUUGUAUCUAGAUAUCGAUGUUUCAGUGACCAAGGCUCUUUCUUCAUCUACAACUGCUCCCAAGUUAAUCAAUACCGCAAGAACCUCCUCUACCACCACUGCCACUACUUCGAACAACAUCUUGACGUCACCUCCUUCCUACCGUGAAUCAAAUUUUUCUUCCCCAUCUUCUUAUUCGUUUUCUUCCUACUACUCGUCCGCUACAUCUGUUUCUUCAUCGACCUCUUCGUUUUUGAAAUCAUCAGGAUUGUCAUCCAGGGUUAAGUCACCUUCAUCCUCCAUUAAACCGGGUUCCUUCGGUACACCUUCCUCUCCAACAUCAGAGGUUCGUAGUCAUAGGUCUAGCGCAAACACUGUAUUUUUGAAGCGGAACUCUCAUGAUACUUCUUCAAGUGAAGGUCUUGAUAUUGAUAUUGCCAUUGAAAAACUGUUAAAGGUUGGUGAAUCAAGAGACAUUACGAAGAAUUCUAAGAAAAAGAGCUUUCCGUUCCACUCAUGGGAGAUUCAGUUGAUUUGUUAUCAUGCAAGAGAAAUAUUUUUGAAUCAACCUACUUUAUUAAGAUUGCAAGCACCUAUCAAAAUUGUAGGUGAUGUUCAUGGACAAUUUAAUGACCUCUUAAGGAUCAUGAAAUUAUCUGGGCCACCAUCAGACACUAAUUACUUGUUCUUAGGUGAUUACGUGGAUCGUGGUAAAAAUUCACUAGAAACCAUACUGCUAUUAUUAUGCUACAAGAUCAAGUAUAGAGACAAUUUCUUUAUGCUAAGAGGUAAUCACGAAUCUGCGAAUGUCACAAAGAUGUACGGUUUCUAUGAUGAAUGCAAAAGGCGAUUGAACUCAAAAGUGUGGAAAAUGUUCGUUGAUGUCUUUAACACUUUGCCCUUAGCAGCCAUUAUCCAAGACAAGAUAUUUUGUGUCCAUGGAGGUAUUUCGCCUGAUUUACAUGAUAUGAAACAGAUCGAAAGAGUUGCAAGGCCGACUGAUAUACCUGAAAACGGAUUGGUUACAGAUUUACUAUGGAGUGAUCCAGAUGCCCAGGUUUCCGAUUGGUCGGAAAAUGAUCGUGGUGUUUCGUAUACCUUUUCUAAAAGGAAUGUCCUCGAUUUUUGUGCUAAAUUUAAAUUUGAUUUAGUAAUCAGGGGACAUAUGGUCGUGGAAGACGGUUAUGAGUUUUUUGCCAGGAAAAAACUCGUCACAGUUUUUUCAGCGCCCAAUUAUUGCGGGGAAUUUCAAAAUUGGGGGGCAGUGAUGAGCGUUACGACAGGUAUGAUGUGUAGUUUUGAAUUGUUAAAGCCGCAUGUAAUAAAGAAUAAGAAAAAAUUAAACAAAAAGAAAGUUUAA